AUGCCAAGACAGCAAUACAGGCAACUGACAGCGGAGCGGAAUCCCUCGCGACAGAAUGGACAGGAACAAAAGAUGGCGCACAUGUUAGGAUAUAAUAGGCAUGCGGUUUGGUCUAGUGUGUCUUCUCUGGUCUUGGGAAGUGAAGCAGAAUCGGAUUUACAAAGAGAGAUUGUAGUAGAAAAACCUGGAAGUUUCAACUCCGAAGAUAUUAAGACACGACUCAUUCAAUGUGACGGAAGCUUAUCAUCAAUCCUUGGGAUAGUAUUUGGAGUCUACGAAUAA